UAUACGUGUAUGAUUGUGUGUGCGGACACGAAAUGUACAUCUCUUUUAAAUUUCCUUCGUACCGCCCCAACAGAGCUAAACCACACCGAUGCCUUCGUGCAGACGGACUACCGGUAUUUCCCCCUCGCCAACACCGAGGCAGCCCGACCCACCACCUCCCUCAGCCCCGCCAAGAAAGUGAGUAAGGGAACUCAGACGGAUACAAUGACGACUUCAGUGUCCACACAGACGGAGGAACCUUACCUUCUGCCAGAGCCUCCUCCUCCUGUCACAAGGCCUUCUACGAGCGUGAGCGUCUUUGAAAAGCCAAAAGUGGUGCUCUCGGACGCAUGCGCGGGGCCCUCGACGUCUGGCCUUGGGUCGGCUCUGACGCGCGCGCCGGUGCUCCGGGGGAAUAUCUUACCCAUACCCCCAGGGGCACUACCCAUUAGCCCCCCUCCCUCGCCCGAGCAUCCCCUCAGCCAUCCCUUUGACCACCCGCCGCUGGGGAGGAUGAAGGCGGAGGACAGAUGGCGCCACCUCGCGACCUUCCACUUGGACGAUCUCCUGCCGUCGAGGAAGCGGUGGCCGGUGAUGCAGUUACGCGGCCGGCGGAGGAUGAUCGACGUCAGCAUCCAGACUGACAACGACAUCCUGACCGACGAGGCCCCUCAGUUCGCCGCUCGACCUCCGCUCUCCAAGAAGACCGAGCUGCUUGAGGGCGUCGACUUCACCGACCUCGAUGUCCACGUCCUCACCGCUCCCGACGAGGCGAGUCGCUGCUUUAGAGAGCUUUAUCGGGUGACAUCAGACACGGAAGAUCUAGUGCGUUACCUGUGUGGCCAAGUACAGGAGGAUUUACAGAGACUCAGGGUGAUAUUUCGUUGGGUCACCGAGAACAUAAGAUACGACUGGAAGUUUAUAGACAAACCCCAAACAGCGCAGGAGAUUUUGGCCUCUCGAGCAGGUGUCAGUAAGGACUAUGUGAAUCUGCUGAUGGAACUGUGUCAUCUGGCAGGAAUUAGAGUUAAAAAGAUUCACGGAUUUGCGAAAGGACACGACUUCAGAAUUGGGCGUCGCUUCAACCCCGAGUCCGAUCCUCUGCAUUUCUGGAUAGCUGUGUUCCUGUAUGGUUCCUGGCGGCUCCUGGACCCUACCUUCGGCGCUGGGUACAUGGACGCCCAAGGGAGAUAUCACCCCCAUCUUCAAGAACAUUUUUUCCUCACCGACCCGGAACAGCUGAUCUACACGCACUUCCCUUACGACCAGCAUGAGCAAAACUACAGCAGAUGGCAGCUUCUGGAGAGCCCCCUAGACCUGGAGACCUUCAACUCCCAACCCAAGGUCAUGCCUGGCUUCUGGGAGGUCGGCCUGUGUCUGAACAAGCCCACGCACUGCCCGGUUGCGUUUAAGCAGCAGACGGAGGUCAAGAUCUCGGCCUCGACACUUGUCAGAUACAAAUAUAAGUUCUUUCCCCGCGAACGAGCACAUUAUUCAUCAGCUGAUCAACCCCCCACCAUCAUGAUACGGCCCACUUACCCCUACCCCUCCCCUCCCUCCCUGCUACAGACCGAGGACGCGUGCAUCAACCAGUGGGUCUUCUGUUCCCUGAAGGAGGACAACGCCGUGGGCUCCUUCAUCGUGGUGCCUCCCGAGCCCUCUGAGUACGUCCUCAAGGUGUACGCCGGUCCCGAGGAGCUGCUCGACGACGAGAACGCGGCGCUGGACCACGCCGUGACCUUCCUUCUGGUCUGCGAGAAGGCGCGGCGCCACCCCGUGCCCUGGCCGCUGCACGACGUGGCUUGGGGCCCGACGCCGCGGCUGUACGAGUGCGGCCUCGACCCCCUCAACCAGAGCGGGCCCGUCAUCGUCACGUGGGGCGGCAAGAAGCUCAUCUACUUCGAUAAGGCCUUCGAGGUCCUCAUCAUGUUCCAGGUUUUCGACGCCGGGGGACAGAUGCUCGAUGUCAAGGGCAUCAUAGGCAAAGACGAGACGGAAGAACAACUCCGCCUGGCCAUAGUUCCUCCUGGUAUUGGGUACUAUAAAUUUCUUAUGUAUGGCAUACCUCGUCCGCAGGUGCGUGGGUCAGUGGUCCGAGGCCGCUGGAGGUUGCCCCUGCUCGCCUGUUACCUCAUCGAGUGCAAGAUGAACCUCGGCCACACCGCGGAGGGGCAUGAAAAGAAGAAAUCGAAGUCACGGAAGUUGAAAAUAGCGGUCAAGAGAUAGCAAGGAAUGUGAGUCAAUAGUUCUGGGCGGUAGGGAAUGAUCGAAAGUGUGGAAGAUGACUUGUGACUGUUUUUACACCAAGUGAAGUCAUAUCAAGAUCUGAACAGUGACAUAAGAAACAAACUGAUAAAGACAAAAAAAUAAGUUUUUUAUUAUUAUUAUUCAGAUUAACGUUGGGAAGAAAUGCUAGCAUUCUGUACCUCCCCCCCCUCUCACACUCUCCAUCCGAAUCCGAUAGCGGGACCUAUCUCUUGGAAGUGUGAAGGGUGAAAAAUAUAUUUUUGGUUUUCAGAAUCAUCAUAAUUUCACAUAUGAAAUGACCAAGUUGUAGUCUUAGCAAACUUCUUGAUAUAUAGGAUAUACUAGAAUUUGCUGGUGAAUCCAGACAUCUUUUUUUUUUAGAUAGGGAAGUCAAGCACUAUCACCCUACGAUGGUAGUGACUUCCUCAAAUGGUCGAAAGUCGUAUCUAAAUCAGUAUUUGUAAUACCCUAGCCUACCCUCUUAGACCUGAAGCGCUUUUCUCAUUGCUGGACCAGUGAUGUUUUGACGUCUUCUCUGUCUAAACCUUUGAUGUAUUGGAGGCUUAAUAAUAUUCAACAAAUAUUAAAAUAGUCCAAUUUUCCCCCAUCCUCACUGAAGAGGCAACUAUAUUCCUUAACGUUUAAUAUUUCUUGUCUUCUUAACCUGUUACAGUUGUUGUGAAAGAUCAGUAAUAUUAUUUUUUGUGUUGUGAAAAACAUCCAUCUGCGGUACUAUAUUAAGAUCAUCAUCAUCAUUUAUGUUAUUUAAACAUGUAUAUCAUCAUAAUCAUCAUCAUUACCUCCAUUGAUAUCGAUUCCAUUCCCAAUCAUUUUUAACAAUAUUCGUCUGUGUAUUUUCCUUGUUUCUUGAUUAACACAACUUCCAUUGCCAUUAUCAUGACUAAUCCAACCAAAGCUGACCUAACUAUAAUAUUCUAUAGCAGUAAUCCUCAAACUUUGUGGUAUCGUCACCCCAUACCUCUUUCCUCUUCAGUUGUGUGACGUUAAAUAAAUAAAAAAAAUAGAACCA